AGUGUUCACAGGUUGGAAGCUGCUGCAGUCAUAUUCACACUGUGUUCAGGGACUGUUUCAUUUAGCUCUGCUCUCUGAUCCACCAUGAAGCUGAACGUGAUCGUUACUCUGUGUGCUCUGUUCAGCCUCACACGACAGGCACCUCCACGUGAUGAGUGUGUGUGUAAGUUGAUUAAUUCACAGAAGGCAUUCCCUCAUGACAAACUCAGCACAGUGGAGGUCAAUGCAACAAAAUGCACCGACAACAUCACCCCACAGAAGACUCUGGAGCUGGAGAGUCUGCUGCUGGGUUUGGAGCGUCGUCUGCCCCAGCUGCAGGAAAAUGUGUCGAUGCUGGAGAUGGAGGAUGACGGAGAUCUCUAUGCAGUCCUCAGCCUGCAGGUGUUGGAGAACGAACUGAUGGAGAUCAAGCAGCUCAUCGACAGGCUCAACGGCUCCACCCUGGGACACCAGCGGCUGACUACUGACACCAAUAAACAGCUGCAGGACCUGAGAGCAGAGAUGGUGCAGCUGGAGACCUACGACACCAUGCAGGUGGUGAAGGGACAUCAAGACAACCAUCGUCUGAAGAAAGACCUGGACCAGUGCAGGAAUACAUUUUUCCCCACCAUCCAACCCACUCAGCAUCCACAUGGUUCCUGUCCCCACGGUCAGUUUCAGAACAUUACCGGGCCGAGGGUGUACACAGCAGGAGAGUACUCUGGGUCCUACAAGUAUGGAGCCUGGGGUCGAGAUCCCAAACCAGAGGUGGGGAAGGAGAACUGGUAUUGGCGGGUAAUGUUGACCUCGAGCGACAAAUACGCCAACUACGUCCGACUCUACUCCAGCCUGAGCGCUCUCAUUGUUGGGGUGAGCAACCCAGGUAAUGUCAUGAUCCACUCCUCUAACCCGACCACCAACACCAUCCAGGGUCCAAAUGUCGUGCUCUAUGAAGGGGCCCUGUACUACAACUGUUACAACAAGGAUGCUGUUUGUCGAUUCAACCUCACCACCCAAACUGUUACCACUGUACAACUACCCAAAGACACCAGGUUCAAUUCAAAGGGUAACUUCUGCCACCUUGAUGAAUGCUACCCGUACACCGACCUAGACCUGGCAACAGAUGAGUCAGGUGUGUGGGUGAUCUAUACUACCAAGCAGGACUUUGGCAACCUGGUGCUGUCCAAAGUGGAGGAGGGUGUCCCGCCAACACUUAACCAAACCUGGCGAACCUCGGUCUACAAGCAGGGGGUGACCAACACCUUCAUGGCAUGCGGCGUGCUCUACGCAACACGGUACGUCAGCAAAGACAUGGAGGAGAUCUUCUACUCGUUUGACACCGCGACAGGCGCAGAAAGGUUCAACCUUGGCAUCUUCAUCAAAAAGAUGACUCCGAACAUUUAUUUCCUGAACUACAGCCCUGUGGACCAGAUGCUACAUGCCUACUGUGACGCCUACAUGGUCACCUAUAAGGUUUUGUUUUCGUAAAUGCAUCAUCGUGACAACAUUUUUGAGAAAAGCUUGUGAAAUUACCUGUAGUAACAUGGUAAAUUCACCAUAAUAUGCAUUUACAUUCUAAUAAUCAUUAGUUAGAAAACAGAAUCAUGUCAUACUCUCAAUUUAAUAAAUGAAAACAUUACGUACAGUCACUUC